CGUAUCGAGCGUCCCGACUGAAACGAGAGGCAAACGUUCGCCUCAUACCGCACCACGCGUCGCUCCGCGAGUUCCGUGCCAGUUUUUACAAAUUUAAUGCGACGAUGACGACGGAUUGGUCUAACGAAAUAACUCUACAAUUUAUAGAGAUUUACAAAUUAGAGCCUGUACUGUGGGACCGAAAACAUCGCCACUACAAAGACAAAGCGGUGACGACCGAAGCCUGGAACCGGCUCGCCAAAAUGAUGGAGAUGCCGGUCCCGGAGUUGAGGCGAAAGAAGGACUCGUUAAUGGCGUCUUUCAGACAGCAUGCCAGACGGAAACAAAAGUCACUCGUGAGCGGCGGACCUGCUACAAAAAUUUAUCAACCUUCCUGGUUCGCUUAUCAAGCGAUGGAGGAUUUCUUGUUCGCAAUUUACAAAUGCGAGGGUCUCGGCAGCGCUGACGACGAAACGACCCACUAUGUGCAAGCUGAAGAUUGGAUCGAAACGGUGGAGAAUCCAAUUACCGACGAUCAACUACCGAAACAACCUCAUUCCACUUAUUUUCACGAGGCGAUCUCGAGAGAUUCUGAUCUUCCAGAUACGAGCAGCCGAAUGGAUCAAACCAUCAGCCCCGUAAACAGUAUUGUAUCUCAAAAACAAAACUGUGAAGACGACGAAUGCGAUUUGUAUGGUAAACUCAUUGCGAAAAAAUUGAGAAAAAUAUCGGAAAAGGAUAGGCAGGAAAUAAUGUACGAAAUCGACGGCCUGUUGAUAAGGAAAACUCGUUGUCAUAACACAAGUCAAUCCGCUUCUCCUUAGCUUUCGAAUUUCAUGAAUUUAUAUGUAUUUUUUAUAUUUCAAUGACGAUUAAAUCUCAACGAAAAUGUACCUAUGAAUUAAAAUUUUUUCAUUCGAUUAAUCAAA